CAUACCUCGGCCCUGAUUGGCCGCCUUCCGCAAGCUGCCGAUGUCGUAAUCGUUAAGGGACGGCGGAGGCGAAAGAGCAGGCAUGGCGCUUUUCGUCGUCCACAGGUAUCGUGGUGAUGAAGACAAUGACCUCGAAGACCACUCGCAAGUGCUCCUGCGACAGCUGAAAGAACGGGUAAGAGCUCGACAGCAGCAAAAGCAGCAGCAGGAUGAUCACAUGCCUGCAGAAAGUGGACCAGAUAAUGAAAUGCCUGACUUGGACUUGGAGAAGGAAGCAAAGCAGAAAUCCAAAAAGAGGAAGCAAACUGAGGAAUCUCCUUUUAUAGAAGACCAGAGAAAGAGAAAGAAGAAAUUAUCCACUGAAGGGGAUGAAGGUGUGGAAGAGAAAGACAAUGAUCUUAGUCCAAGAAGAAGUAAAACAAGUGGAAAGGAAUCAAAGACACCACAAGGAAGGACUGAUGGAGGGGAAGGAAGUGAAAUUAAGUUAGCAAGCCAACUAGAACAUGACGGCUCAGCAGGAGAGAAGGAGGAUGGCUUGGAAGCCAGAGCAAAUGAGAGCCAUGGUGAAAAGGAGUCACCGCCGGAUCCAAAGGAAACCCCCCCACCUCCCAACACAAUUGUUCUUGGUGACUGGGUUUGGAAGGCAGCGCAGAAGAAGAAGGUGGAGCCUCUUCUGCCACGCUGGCUGGCUGAACCUAAGCUGGUCCAGAGGCGGAUCAAAGAGAACGUUGUCCCACUCCAAGAUGUUCCAGUAAUCCAUCCAAAAUUGAGGAAGAAACUGCAAGCAAAUGGAAUAGAGUCGUUGUUUCCAGCAAGUUCCACCUCAAGUGUGUGGAUCCAUUUGCAUAUGAUGAGAAAGAAGCAACCCCACCUUUCUCAGAACUCUGGUGCAAAGGAGCCAGAGGGCUUUCAGGCCGAGGUGAUUCCAGCCAUCUUGGAAAGCGGGUUUUUGGCCGGGAGAGGUGGCUACCAGCCCAGUGAUAUCUGUGUCUCAGCCCCCACCGGCAGUGGCAAGACCCUGGCCUUUGUCAUUCCGGUGGUGCAGGCUCUGUUAGACCGAGUCGUCUGCCGGGUACGAGCUCUGGCCGUCCUCCCCACCAAGGAACUGGCCCAGCAGGUGACUAAAGUAUUCAACAUUUACACUGACGGGACAGGGCUGAAAGUGGUCCAGCUCACCGGGCAGAAAUCGUUUGCAAAGGAGCAGGAGUCGCUCGCCGAGGAGACGCUGAUGGGAUUUCGCAGCCUGGCAGACAUUGUCGUGGCCACUCCUGGGCGCCUCGUGGAUCAUCUUCAGCAGAGCCCCCAGUUCAGCCUGAAAGAACUUCGCUUCCUGAUAAUUGACGAAGCCGAUCGCAUGAUUGACAACAUGCACCAGGACUGGCUGCGGCAGGUGGUGGCAGCAGCUCAUUCAGCGGUGGAAGAGGGCUCCGCCCCCCCACAGCUGUUCAGGAGGGCAGAGCAGGGGCCUCUCACGGCAGCCAGAGCUGGCUGCCCCCACGUCCCCCUGCAGAAGCUCCUCUUCUCGGCCACCCUGACACGGAACCCCGAAAAGCUGCAGCCGCUGGGCCUCUACCGGCCUCGCCUCUUCACACCCAUCUCCUCGGAGGAGAAGGCGACGGAGACCACGAAGAAGUAUGCCCUCCCAGAGGGGCUCUCGCAAUACUAUGUGCCCUGCAACCUGCGCUGGAAGCCCCUCUUCCUCUUGCAUUUCCUGCUGCGGCUGAAGUUCUCCCGCGUCCUCUGCUUCACCAACAGCAGGGACACGUCACACAGGCUCUUUCUACUGCUUCGAGCCUUUGGCGGAGUGAACGUGGCCGAGUUCUCUUCCAGGCUGAAUCCAAGGCAAAGGAAGUUGACACUGAAGGAAUUUGAACAGGGGAAGAUCCAGCUGUUAAUCAGCACAGACGCCACAGCCCGAGGAAUCGACAUUGGCGGAGUGAAAUGCGUCAUCAGCUAUGAUGCUCCUCAAUUCAUCAGGACCUACAUCCACCGAGUGGGCAGAACGGCUCGGGCAGGGAAAGCGGGACUGGCCUUCACCAUGGUGCUGAAACAGCAGGAGAGGAAGUUUCUGAAGAUGCUGAGGGAAGCCGGUCUUCCUGAGUUGGAGCAGCAGCUGGUGAAGAACACAUCCCUCCAGCCACUCCUCCCACAGUAUGAGGAAGCCUUGGCAGACCUCCAGAAGAUAAUGAAGGAGGAGCGAGCUGAGAAGAGAUCUUGAGCAAGACCAGGCAAGCCAGAGAUGUCUCACUGAGAAUAAUCAGGGGGCUGGAACUCUUACUUUGUGGUUUGGAUUCCAAUGUCUUGAGUACACAAUGGCAUUCAGAAGCAAACACUAAGGCUUAAGAGCUCCUGGAAGUAUCAAGAUACGGAAGGAGUGUCCAUCGCACGGCUUAAGGAGAGCCAACUGCCAUCCUGCUGUCGUCAAGGCCACCUCUUGAUCCCUCAAAGACCAGCAGAACAUGCCUUAGCUUGUAAAUGAAAGCUCUUUCUCCCUUUGAGCCAAAGAACUGCCAGCCUUUCCCUGUGAGUGGCCCUAAUCCUCACCAGCCUUGCCUAUCCCAGUGCUACUGCUACUCCCUCCUAGCCAAAAGAGGGGUCAAAGGUUGCUGAGCCCAGCUGGGCUUUAAGAGCGAGGGCUCCAUCUCAGUUUUAAAUAAAGAAAUCAGCCUUUGCCUUCUGGGGCAGGCAAAAUGUC